AUGGCGCCCAAUGCGGCGACGGCGGAUGCGCCAGCAUCAGGCACAACAACGCCCGACGCGGUGGCGGCGGAUGCGCUGGUUCCAAGCGCAGCCACACCCGACGCGGUGGCCCCCGAGGCCCCAGCUACGGCGGCAGUCGCACCAACACCGGGCGCAGCGACGGCGAGCACAACGGCAGCAGGUGCAGCAACGGUGCUGGCCCGGGUCCGGCGGACCAUAGAAGAGGCGACUUCUACCGCCAAGGCAGCCUUCCAGCGGGAGUGGGCGGCCCUGGAGAGCGUGCGCCAGCGCCUCGGCGACUGGCACACCCGCCUGGAGGGGCGCACGAAGGCCGAAGCUUCCCAUGCUGCGCGUGUUCGGUCCGAACUCAAGGCCGACCUUGAGUCCUACCGAGCCAAUCUUCGGAAGGUGUUCGACCGGGAGUUUGCGGUGGCGACACGGGAGAAAGCCGUGGCGCUGCGGGAGGAGGCUAUUGCCAAGGACUAG